AGCAGAAAAAGGAGAAGCAGCAACGGCUGCUCUGCUUCCUUCAUCUCGCUCUUCGGACAUGCCCGGCCAACAGAAAGCAACUCCAUAGGGGAGGAGAGCCACGGAGGAUCUCACAGCCGCAGUCUAAUAGUAACGCAGAGGAUUCAGCAGUGGUCACUAUGGGUUCUGUGAAUUCCAGAGGUCACAAGGCAGAAGCCCAGGUGGUCAUGAUGGGCCUGGACUCGGCGGGCAAGACCACGCUCCUUUACAAGCUGAAGGGCCACCAGCUGGUGGAGACCCUGCCCACUGUUGGGUUCAACGUGGAGCCUCUGGAAGCUCCUGGGCAUGUGUCACUGACUCUCUGGGACGUUGGGGGGCAGGCCCCGCUCAGGGCCAGCUGGAAGGACUAUCUGGAAGGCACAGAUACCCUCGUGUACGUCCUGGAUAGCACAGAUGAAGCCCGCUUACCCGAGUCAGCGGCUGAGCUCACAGAAGUCCUGAGUGACCCCAACAUGGCUGGCGUCCCCUUCUUGGUGCUGGCCAACAAGCAGGAGGCACCUGAUGCACUUCCGCUGCUUAAGAUCAGAAACAGGCUGAGUCUAGAGAGAUUCCAGGACCGCUGUUGGGAGCUCCGGGGCUGCAGUGCCCUCACUGGGGAGGGGCUGCCCGAGGCCCUGCAGAGCCUGCGGAGCCUCCUGAAAUCUCGCAGAUGCCUGUGUCUCCAGGAGAGAGCCGGUGGGGCUGAGCGCGGAGACAGCAAGAGAUCUUGAUCCAGACAGAGCAGCAUAUCUUUGCUCAUACAAACUAGAAGAACCAGCUGAUCCUUGAGAAACUUAUGCUCAGUCUAUCAAACAAGAAAUGCUGGCUUGGCCCGGUGGCUCACGCCUGUAAUCCCAGCACUUUGGGAGACCACAGUGGGAGAAUCCCUUGAGCCCAGGAGUUGGAGAGCAACAUCACAAGACCCCAUUUCUACUAAUAAUCAAAAAAUUGGCCGGGCAUGGUGGCAUGUGCCUGUAGUCCCACCUACUUGUGAGGCUGAGGCAGGAGAAUUGCUUAAGCCUGAGGGGUAGAGGUUGCAGUGAGCUGAGAUUGUGCCACUGCACUUCAGUCUGGGCAACAGAGUGAGACCCUGUCUCAGUAAUAAUAAUAAUAAUAAUAAUACUCUAAGAAAAAAAAUCUCAACCUACUUCAUUUAAUAGCUCGUUACCAAGUGUGAUUGAAGCAAUAUAUCAUGAUAGAGUAGCCACUGGUUGCAUACUAAUAGAAACCUAAAUUAUCAAAUAGGGAAAGAGGUUUUAAAAUCAAAUUUGAGGCCAGGUGCAGUGGCUCAUGCCUGUAAUCCCAGCACUUUGGGCGGCUGAGGCAGGCAGAUCACUUGAGGCCAGGAGUUCAAGACCAGCCUGGCCAACAUGGCGAAACCCCAUCUCUACUGAAAAUACAAAAAUUAGACAGACAUGGUGGUGCAUGCCUGCAGUCCCAGCUACUCAGGAGGUUGAGGCAGAAGAAUCGCUUGAACCCAGGAAGCGAAGGUUGCAGUGAGCCGAGAUUGUGCCGCUGCACUCCAGCAUCGGUGACAAAGAAAGGCUGUGUCUCCAAAAA